AGCCGCCGGCCGGGGCCGCUCGCCGCACUCAGCGCCGGAGCCGGGAGCCCGCGGCCGCCGCCAUGUCCCACCAGACCGGCAUCCAAGCAAGUGAAGAUGUUAAAGAGAUCUUUGCUAGAGCCAGAAAUGGAAAGUACAGACUUCUGAAAAUCUCUAUUGAAAAUGAGCAACUUGUGAUUGGAUCAUGUAGUCAGCCUUCAGAUUCCUGGGAUAAAGAUUAUGAUUCUUUUGUCUUACCCCUGUUGGAGGACAAACAGCCAUGCUAUAUAUUAUUCAGGUUAGAUUCCCAGAAUGCCCAGGGAUAUGAAUGGAUAUUCAUUGCAUGGUCUCCAGAUCAUUCUCAUGUUCGUCAAAAAAUGUUGUAUGCAGCAACAAGAGCAACUCUGAAAAAAGAGUUUGGAGGUGGCCACAUUAAAGAUGAAGUAUUUGGAACAGCAAAGGAAGAUGUAUCAUUACAUGGAUAUAAAAAAUAUUUGCUGUCACAAUCUUCCCCUGCUCCACUGACUGCAGCUGAGGAAGAAUUACGACAGAUUAAAAUUAAUGAGAACCCAGAGGAUCGUAUUGGGGUUCAAACUGACGUGGGUGUGGACACUAAGCAUCAAACACUACAAGGAGUAGCAUUUCCUAUUUCUCGAGAAGCUUUUCAGGCCUUGGAAAAAUUGAAUAAAAGACAGCUCAAUUAUGUGCAAUUGGAAAUAGAUAUAAAAAAUGAAAUUAUAAUUUUGGCCAGCACAACAAAUACAGAACUAAAAGAUUUGCCAAAGAGGAUUCCCAAGGAUUCAGCACGUUAUCAUUUCUUUCUGUAUAAACAUUCCCAUGAAGGAGACUAUUUAGAGUCUAUAGUUUUUAUUUAUUCAAUGCCUGGAUACACAUGCAGUAUAAGAGAACGAAUGCUGUAUUCUAGCUGCAAGAGCCCUCUGCUAGAAAUUGUAGAAAGACAACUACAAAUGGAUGUAAUUAGAAAGAUCGAGAUAGACAAUGGGGAUGAAUUGACUGCUGACUUCCUUUAUGAAGAAGUACAUCCCAAGCAGCAUGCACAUAAGCAAAGUUUUGCAAAACCAAAAGGUCCUGCAGGAAAAAGAGGAAUUCGAAGACUAAUUAGGGGUCCAGCUGAAACUGAAGCUACUACUGAUUAAAAUCAUUAUGUUAAACAUUGUCAAUACUAGUUUUUUAAAAGUCCAGGUUUUAGUACAGGAGAACUGAAAUCAUUCCAUGUUGAUAUAUAUAGUAGGGGGAAAAUUGUACUUUUGGAAAUAGCACUUUUCACUGUGUGUUUUUAAAAUUAAUGUUAUGGAAGCUCAUGAUUUCUAUUUUUGAGUUAAAGCUAGCAAAUGGUUCAACAUAAUAAUGUUUAAUUUUGUCACACUGUUUUCAUAGUAUUGAUUCUACACUUUCACAUAAUUCUUAAAAUUUUAUACAGUUGAGCCAGUUCCAGAAAGUCUAAUGUCUCAAAGUAGGAAACACUUCUUAUUACUUUUUAGUGAGACAGAAAGACCUUAAAAUAUUCAUACUAUUUAAUGAAUAUGUUAAGGACGAGGUUAGGAUACUUUCUAAGCUGAAAAUGUAGUGCACCUGGGAAAAGGUAGGACGUUGCUUACUCUGAGGAGCUGUGCUAACUCUGUCAGACUGUGGGAUCUUGUCUGCAACCUUAGAAAAGUGCUUUAUUGCAGCAGUCUUUUUCUAUUUCACUUUUUGUUUUUUUAAUGGCAUUGAAAUUUCAGAAGAUCACCUCACUCUGAAACUGUAAAGGUACCAGAUAUUUUCUAUACUGCAGGAUUUCUGAUGAGAUUGAAAGACUUUAACGCCUUAGUAGGUUCCCUUUCUAGUGCUUUAAAACAUUUCAUUUCCAAAAGAAGUCAUUUCAUUCUAAUUACUGUGUAGCCAAAUAUCUAUGUUCAGAUUGAAGUUUAAUAUUAUUUAAACGGAAUCAAAACUAAACUAAAAAAUGUUGAAAAUGUUUUAAAAUCAAGAUUGGCUUUUUUCUCCAAAACCAUCUAUGUAUAGGCAAAUUGUAUUCCUUAUUCCUUACCACUUUGAAGCAAAUAUUCAGAUUUAAAAUUGUUUUGAAGUCCUAGUACUUACCAGGCUAACACAGAUAAGCACAUAUGAAUCUCAUUUCAAUUAAUAUCUUAUUUCAGAGCUCAUUUAACUGUUUUCUAAUGCUUUUCAUUUUCAGUUACAACCUAGAGAGGUUUUGAGCCUAUUUCAUUGAUACUUGAAAUCGAGGGAGUUAGAACACUUCAUGUUUAAUCUGUUAAAUCUGCUGCAAGAGCCAUAAUUUGAAGUGUUUUCUAAAUGAACUGUGGGGAUCCAGGAUUUAUAAUUUCUUGAUCUAAACCUUAUGCUGCAUAAAUCAAAUAUCAGAAAUGCACAUUUCAUAGUAUGAAGCACUCAUUUCUAAACCUUAUUAUCUAAGGUAAUAUAUGCACCUUUCAGAAAUUUGUGUUCAAGUAAGUAAAGCAUAUUAGAAUAAUAAUGGGUUGACAGAUUUUUAAAAUAGAAUUUAGAGUAUUUGUGUGGGGUUUUGUUGUUUACAAAUAAUCAGACUAUAAUAUUUAAACAUGCAAAAUAAUUGACAAUGUUGCACUUGUUUACUAAAGAUACACUUUAAGUUUUCCAAGGGUGCACACGUAGAUGGACACACAUACACACAACUUAUUGCAAUAAGAAUCCUGGAGCUACCUGGCAGACCAUAACUGAAGCUGUUAUUUUCAGUCAGGAAGACUGCCUGUCAUGAAGGUAUAAAAUAAUUCAGUAGUGAAUGUUUUUCUGUAACAUCCAUGUGCAAUUAUAUCUAAAUUCCACUACACUACAUUAAAGUAAAUGGACAUUCCAGAAUAUAGAUGUGAUUAUAUAGUCUUAAACUAAUUAUUAAACCAAUGAUUGCUGAAAAUCAGUGAUACAUUAGUUAUAGAGUAUAACUCAUCGUUUACAGUAUGUUUUAGGUGGCAUUAUAACUAGAUGGUGAAUAACAUUACCAAUAAAUUUAUAUAGCAAUGAAGAAUUACAUGCCUUCUGUGGACAUUUUAUAAGUGCAUUUUAUAUCACAAUAAAAUUUUUUUCUCUU